AUGGCCCGCAAGAAGGUGCCCCUCCGGUACAUUGGCAACUCAACACGCCGCCGUACUUAUGAGACGCGCCGCAACAACCUGAUGAAGAAGGCGGACGAGUUGGGCAUCUUGUGCAACACCAAGAUCUGCAUGCUAGUGUAUGAUGAGGGCACCGCGGCGCCGGACGUUUACCCAUCCCACAUGGAGGUGGUGGCUAUCCUGAAUAGGUACAAGAACAUGCCCGACAUGGCGCGGUUCAAGAAGGAGAUCCGCAAGAGCCUCGCCGACCGCAUCGCUAAUACCAGCGGGCAGCCGCCAUUCUUCCAGCCCCAAGCGCCAUACGUCACCGGUGGUGUCAACAUGGGUCCUCCAUCACUGGACCAGGUGCCGCCACAGCAAGAGGGCUGGCAGCCAGAGGUCUUCCAGGCCCAGGCACCACAGGUCACGAGCAACACCGACAAGGGGUAUCUGCCGCCCCAGGCACCAUAUGUCACUGGCAACGUUGACAUGGUGCCUCUGCAGAUGUAUCAUAUGCCGCCGCAGCAACACGAUUGGCAGCCAGCAACCUUCCAGCCCCAAGCACCAUAUGUCCCUAGUAGCAUUGACAUGGGGCCUCCGCCGAUGUAUCAGGAGCCGCGGCAGCAGGAGGAGGGCUGGCAGACACCGGUCUUCCAUCCCCAGAGGUCCGAGUGGGGUGGCGCAUUGCUCUACAAUGCUAACGGUAUUGGUGGCCACGACGGUGCCGGUACUAGCUCUAGCACCGGCUUCCCCAUGGAUGAUCUGGUGCAGUUCUUCAACGAUAUGGGAUCCGGGUUGUAG